AUGAGAAUGGAGUGCAGGAACCUCGAGAAGCCACAGAUGGAAAACCGGAAGGGCCUAUGGUCGCCUGAUGAGGACCAGAAAGUCAAAGACCAUAUCCUUAAGCAUGGUGUCAGCUGUUGGAAUGCAGUUCCUGCCAAAGCUGGUUUGCAAAGAAAUGGAAAGAGUUGCAGCCUGAGGUGGCUUAACUACCUCAGGCCCGGUUUAAAACGAGGAAAUUUCUCUCCAGAAGAGGAGGAAACAAUUGUGAAACUCCAGGCCAAGAUUGGGAAUAAGAAAUGGUCACAAAUUGCAAUGCAUCUGCCCGGAAGAACCGACAACGAAAUGAAGAACCACUGGAAUUCCUACUUGAAGAAGAAGAUCAUGAGAGAGCGAAGAAGCAACUGCAGCAUGAUUAACAUCGAGCCGCUUGGACCAUGUUUGAAGGACCAUGAACCAUCUGUGGCUCACUGCAUCGACUCAGGUGGUUGUUCCCUGACAGGCCGGCGUGCUCCGAAGAUUCAGUUCGCUGAAUGGUUAUCCUUUGACGGUGCCAAUUUGAACAGCUUGUUCAACUUGGAAGAUGCAGUGAGCAACCAGUGACGGUGCAAGAAUUACAGUAUCGAAGAGACCUCUUCGUCGACCGAGAUCUUCGCAGUUCUAUGGACAGUACAACAAUGGAAUGAUCUGAAAUGAUUUCAGAUUUGGCAAUCUCAUAUCGGGAAUAUAUCGUUGAUUAUGAUGAUUUGACAAUCGCAUUAAUAAAGCCAAUUUUAUUCUUGAUACUUAGAGUUAUUUGCAUCAAGUCUCCAUUAUUCAGAUUUAGAUACCAACAUCAAAUCAAGAUAAUUAGAUUAGUGCAAAGUAAGAGGAUUUAAUUGGUUGUUCUUUUAACUUUCUAAUCUUAUUGUUGAAGCAAUAUGCAAUUUUCAGAAUCUUUUAAUGCUCUAAUACCAUAAAAAAAUUCAAUAAUAAAAAAAAAAGUGGAUGAAAAAAUUCUAUCUAUA